CCCUGAGCCCGCCCAGCAGCAUUUGAGCGGCAUGGCAACGGGAAGGAGACGGGGGGAGAAGGUGUGGUGAGGGCUGACAGUCUGACCGGACCAGAGAGAAAGCAGCAGUAGCACUAUUCCGACUCCUCACCGACUCCACAAACGCACCGUGUUGGACCUCAGGAUACACUGAGAAAAAGGAUGCACCACCGCCGCCGCUCCGCACUGACGCUGCUGCCACUGACCAGGUGUUGGACCACGGAACAGGGACGUCGUUAACGUGACACAGGAUCAAACUUGUAUGCAUGUUCAGUCCCCCGGUCCCGUACACAGACCAUCGAGAAGAUGCUGAGCCGACUGAUGAGCAGCAGCAUAAGGAGUCUGGACAGGGAAUGCAACUGCACUGUGAGGCUGCUGGACGACUCGGAGUACACCUGCACGAUUCAGAGGGAUGCAAAGGGUCAGUACUUGUUUGACCUCAUCUGUCAUCAUCUCAACCUGCUGGAGAAAGACUACUUUGGCAUUAGAUAUGUUGACCCAGACAAGCAGAGGCAUUGGUUGGAGUUUACAAAAUCGAUUGCCAAACAAAUGAAAUCCCAGCCUCCCUUCACCAUGUGUUUGCGUGUCAAGUUUUACCCACCUGACCCUGCUGCCCUGAAAGAAGAAAUCACCAGAUAUCUUGUCUUCCUGCAGGUUAAGAGGGAUCUCUACCACGGUCGCCUCCUGUGUAAGACAUCAGAUGCUGCUCUGCUGGCUGCCUACAUCUUACAAGCUGAAAUUGGUGACUACGACCCUGGGAAACACCCAGAGGGCUACAGCUCCAAGUUCCAGUUCUUCCCCAAACACUCAGAGAAGCUGGAGAGGCGGAUUGCUGAGAUCCACAAGACUGAGCUGAUAGGUCAGACUCCUGAAAUGUCAGAGCUCAACUUCCUCCAGAAGGCUCAGAAUCUGGAGACGUACGGAGUGGACCCUCAUCCGUGCAAGGAUGUGUCCGGCAACCCAGCGUUUCUGGCUUUCACUCCUUUUGGAUUCACUGUGCUGCAGGGAAAUAGGAGGGUCCAUUUCCUUAAAUGGGAUGAGGUGACCAAACUCAAGUUUGAAGCAAAGACAUUCCAUAUAUAUGCAAAUCAGAAGGAGGAUAGGAAGAUUAUACUUACAUACUUUGCACCUACACCUGAGGCCUGUAAGCAUCUGUGGAAGUGUGGAGUGGAGAACCAGGCCUUUUACAAGUUGGAAAAGUCUAGUCAAGUCCGCACCGUGUCCAGUAGUAAUCUCUUCUUCAAGGGUAGUCGCUUUAGAUACAGUGGAAAAGUUGCAAAAGAGGUAAUGGAACAAAGUGCCAAAAUCAAGAGAGAUCCCCCUGAAAUACACAGGGCUGGUAUGGUGCCAAGUAGGAGCUGUCCAUCCAUCACCCAUGGCCCUCGUUUGACCAGCGUGCCCAGGACCAGACGGAGAGCCGUGCACAUCUCCAUCAUGGAGGGUUUGGAGUCCCUUCGAGACAGCGCCCACUCCACACCUGUUCGCUCGGUCUCCCAUGGCGACUCCUUCAUGUCUUCUCGGGGCCAUCUGGUGGAUGGCAGCGAGGCAAGCACGUCAGCGGUCAUCUCGGACGAGGCCUACAGCCCCUCGGACAGCGUGCUGCCUACACCUGUGGCUGAACAUCGAAUGGAGAUGCCUUCUGCUCGUCACCUGAACGGCGCUCCCUGCAGCAUCGAUGAGGAGAAGGAUUCAGAAGCGGGGACGUCAAAAGAAGGACAGGGGACAGAGUUUUCAGGCAGGAGGGGGCUGCGUGUGGUGAGAGGCAAACAGUCUGCGUCGAACGACGUGGAAGAGCUGAACAAGUUCAUCCUGAGCGUCUUACGUCUGUUCCUGGUCACCAUCGGACUGCUGUUCGCCCUGCUGCUACUCCUCAUCAUGCUCACAGAGUCAGACCUGGACAUUGCCUUCCUGAGAGACAUCCGCAAGACUCCUGAAUUCCAGCAGUUCCACUUUGAAUACUUCUGCCCUCUGCGGCGCUGGUUCGCCUGUAAGUUACGAUGGAUGGGAGGUUUCCUCAUCAGCAAGUGAGGAAGAGUUGCAGAGGCUGAAAAACACAACACAGGCCUCCACUGAUGGAGGUGGGACAUACAAAAGACAGAUGGGUCAGGAGAGAUAGGGUGGGAGGAGAAACAGAGAAGGAUGACAGCCCCUGUCGCAAAAUGAAAUCAGCUUCUCCCAGGAUGGAGUCCUGUCACAAGCCACGGACUGUCCCUUGAAUAACCUUGUGUAACACGUUUGACCAUCACUGCGAGGAAGAAAUUCACAAUUUACUUUAAAUUCAGGUCAUGUCAAAUUCAAGGCAUUUUAUUUUUACACUAAAUCACAAUCACAGGGUUUCAUUCAAACACUGGAAGGGACAGACUUCACUUCUUCAACCACAGAUGAUAGUUGCCUUUAUUUUUGUAUUAAUUUAUACGUUGCAGCAUUGACGUGAGGCAGAAAGAGCCUGAUGUGAUGUGAUGUGAUGGGUUGUGUGUUGUGUGACCUGAGAGUCUGAGUCAAGUGUGGAGAGCAAACAAGAGGGAGGCAAUUGUAGCUCAUCUAAUUUUGACACAUCAAAGCCAACAACCAUAUUCAUUUGGUUUAAAAUGUUACUAUGGAGUGAUGGAAGAGAUGGAGAGAUGAGAUUGGAAACUACUGUUUGAGAUGUGCCGGCAUCUGGGGGUCAGAGGAAGUGUGAAAUGAGAAACCAAGCAGCACAUACUGAAUGUAGAACAGCCCUGAGUCAAAUGAUGUGUUACAUGAGUUUGUUUUAUGAAAUGUUUUCAUAAAAAGUGACACAGCUGAGUGUUAAAGCACCUUGGAAACGUAUCCUGAUGCGGUGUACAGCCCAACAUUUGUUCAAUCAAACAAAGAUCAACAUUAGUUGUGGUAGCUCUUUGACCCAGGGCUGUGUUAGAUUUAACAAUUAUUUUUGUAAUAAGUGUGAGUUAGUUUGUGGUCAGAUGUCCAUUAACAGUCAGUGCUCACGACACCACGUCUGUCCAGCAUCUCGAGCACUGACAAAGCUUCAUCGUCCAGUGACUAUAAAUUAAGGACAAACUGUAAGGAUAUACGUAAGUCUUGAAGGUGGUAAGUUUACCGACUUUUUAACAUAGGAGCCAAAUAAUGCUAAUAGCUACAAUCAACCUCUAUGUAAGGAAACGUUGUCACUUUGCUGUAGUUACUUUUACAGUAGUUCUAAAGGUGAUGGGACUAUGUGAGCUAGCACUGUAGUGAUAGUGAAGUAUUUGGUUAGAUCUUUGACUUCCACACUCUGUAGAAGGAGUUUACCUUGAUGUGCAAUACAGUUCAUAUUAAAAAGCCAAGAUCCUUUUCAUUAAGGGAAAUUUGACCUUGUUUGACCUUUGUAAAGUGCAAAAGUGAGUGUUAUUUCCCCACAUUAUACAAUUAGAGAGCUUGUUUUAGUUGAAGAGCCACGCUAAGAGAAGGUAAUAUGUCUGUUUUACCCUGCUGUCUUCACAUUUAUGCGUUAAUGUGUAACCUUUAAAUAUAUGUCAACUAUAUUCCCGUUUUUUGUACAUACUGACGAAUCAUUUCCUUGUGGAAAUGUUCUCGCAGUGACUUUUAACGCACUUGAAGUGGUGUUUUUUUACAGUGUUCAGCCCCGCUUUUAAAAGAGCCUAAGAUGAGUCGCGUUUACGUCCUACUGCGAUUUGCUUCAUCACGCCUACCAAAGAAACCUCUGUUGUCUGAUGUGUGUGUGAGUUUGUGUCAACAGAUGGACACUGUAGAUAGCCAGCUGUCCUCCUCCAGCCUUAUUAUCAAGCAUUCAUUAUUUUACCUGCAGUGUGUCUUUACAGCACAGAGAAAUCAACAGCUUUAGCAUACAGGUCAGUUUGUGACAUUUGGUCCUUCUAACAAUCCUACAAGUAGCUGAUUAGAUCGUGUCUAUGUUGUGUAUCAGUGAUAACGUUGGCUGAUUAGAAGUCAAAUGGAUGUGUUGAUGUGGUUGAUGUGGUUGAGGAAAGUGAUUGGAGUUGAGGAUAAGCAGGUGCCCUUAUGGGCAAAUAGGAGGGAUACUUUAAUGAUCUUAAAGUAACUCUCAAAAAAGUUGAGCUCCAAAAGAAAACUUAAAGAACCCUUGAAGAGUUUGAUCUUUAAGUGGUGAUUAUUUUUUGUACUGUAUUAAUCAUUUCAGAUUCAGAAGCCCUCAUAUAUUAAAGCUGGUUGUCAGAUAUGAUACAUAACUUUGCUCUAACUCAGAUGGUGCUUGGUGGAUUUUGAUUGAUGAGGUAGGUGACAAAAUGAUCAUGUAUGAAAGAAGGCAGAAUUUACCUUCUUUAAUUUAAUAACUUAUUUGUAGUUCCUGUGUAUAAAGAAUGAACAAAAUUUGAGCAAUAAAUAUAACAGGUAAUGAAUUUGAAUAAGUGUAAACUGCAAACUAAUGUUUCUACAAAAUGACUUGUGAGUCCCUUCAGCAGGUGAACCAGCCUGUCGAUGCAUGUGUUUAAAGAGUGGUGCCCACAUCCUGAUGACCCACAGUGUUAAUGAUAUUUCUCUGCAGUGUAUCAUAUCAGAAUUAUGUUUUUUGUUUGUUUGUUUUACAGUCCUGUUUGGUUGUUGCCUAAUCCUGGACUGCUUUUCUUGACUAAAUUUAUAGAAAUGGAUCAGAUGAGUUUCUUUUUGAAUUAUGUGUAAACAAACUGAACACAUACGACAGAAGAGACGCUGGAAGGUUUUUUUUCCUAAAGCAGAAGUAGCAGACUUUACUACCUGAAUUUCUCUUUCUUGCAGUGCAGUUGAGUUAAUCACUAGAAUGUGUUUCAGAUCACUUGAAUCUGCACAGUGAUAAAGAAGGGUAACAGCUCUACUGACAGGCAACUCUUGUACCCGUUUUUCAGAAUCAUGUAAACAGGAGUAAGGCUCAGAUGUAAGCCUCCUUCCUGUCCCGUGGCCCUGCACAAGGAGAUGUCUCUGUAAGCAUGUGUUCUGCAUUUAUUACCUCCAAACAAGACUGCUUCUUUCCAAUCACUGACUGAAGACUGGUGUAAUCUAUUUAUGAAUAAACAUAAUCUAUUCUUGACAUCUUG